AUGUUUGAUUUUAUCGUUACAGGUGAAGAAGUGAAGAAAUGGAACUAGUUGAGACAACCGGUUAGUAGGUUUAUGUAGUGUAGUAAUGCGACGUCACCGAUGCCAACUAGGUUAGAACCCACAGCCCACGGUGUCUACAUACAGCUGUUUUCUGUUCACAUCCCAUCACUGCAGCCCAACAGUCGCACCACAGCCAGGUGACCACACCAGGAGUCAUGUCUCGUCGAAGUUCCCGUCUGCUCUCGUCGGGAUAUUACUCGGACGAAGGCGAGGACACCAGCGGUCUGGCCAACAUCACGUACCGGGAAAACCCCGUCAAGGUCUUCAGGAGGAGGGCGGGGGGUCGGAAACCCCGCUCUCACACCUGCGGCACCGCGGACGCCAAGGCCUCUGCUUCGGGCCACCUCCCACUGCUCACUGCGGGCCAGUCUGUGGGCCUGAGCCCCCCCCCUCUGGCCUACCCCACGGGGGGCAAAUGCACAAAAAUGACGUUUGGUCUGUCCCUGAUCAUCACCGUUCUCAUCCACCUCUUCCUCUUCCAUUCCCUCUUCACCUUGUGCAAGUCGUCCAUGUGCAUCACCAACAACCCGGCCGUCGGCGCGGUGGAGGUGAAGAUGAGGCACCUGUUCUCGGAGAUGCAGAGGGAGCAGGCCCAGCUCCACUCUCAGAUGAUGGACAAGAUCGACCAGGAGAUCCACAAACAUUCACGGCCCGUGGCUGACAACAUGGCCGACUUCGCCCUGGAGAGUCAGGGCGCCAAAGUGAUCAAUUCGAGGACUUCUCAGACAUACAACUCGGCGACGCUGUUCGGGAUCCCCCUGUGGAACUCCUGCAGAGGCCCGCACACCGUCAUCCAGGGGAACUCGGCGCUGGUCCCGGGGAAGUGCUGGCCGUUUGAAGGAGCCCAGGGGAGUCUGGCCGUUUCUCUCUUUCAUCCUGUUAAGAUAACUCACGUGACACUGGACCACCUGCCGCGGUACAACUCCCCCACCGGCCGAAUCGACUCUGCGCCCAGAGACUUUGAAGUGUACGGAAUGAAAAGCGACGGCGAGGGGGGAGCGCUGCUGGGCAUCUUCACUUACGAUGAGAACGGAGAGUCCACGCAGACCUUUAGGCUCCCCUUCCCCACCGACGACGCCUACAAACUGGUGGAGCUGCGAGUCCUCAGUAACUGGGGCCACGUACAGUACACCUGUCUGUACCGCUUCCGUGUGCACGGGAACGUCACCUCCAACCAGGAGCAGAUGCAGUGCUGAAGAACGGCCCACAAACAACCAUUUAGACCAGGGUUCAGUCUGCACCAGGGUUCAGUCUGUAUCAGGGUUCAGUCUGCACCAGGGUUCAGUCUGCACCAGGGUUCAGUCUGUACCAGGGUUCUGUCUGUACCAGGGUUCAGUCUGUACCAGGGUUCAGUCUGUACCAGGGUUCAGGCCGCACCAGGGUUCAGUCUGUACCAGGGUUCUGUCUGUACCAGGGUUCAGUCUGUACCAGGGUUCAGGCCGCACCAGGGUUCAGUCUGUACCAGGGUUCAGUCUGUACCAAUAUCACAGUGGGCCACCCACAAAUUAAAACGGGGAUGAAGUCGCGGGACAAAGUUAAUAUUUAGUGAAACAUUGAAGGCCUUCUGUCCAGAUCUGUGAUGUAGAAUUUAUUACUAUGGAAACAAACUUUAGUUUUGCCUAAAAAAAUGAGUCUUGAACGACCAAAGGUUAAUGUCAUAAAAACAGGAGAAAUUAAAUUGGAAAUAAAACUCACAUCAGUGGAAGUUG